AUGGGUGAUCCAUCUGGUGCACAAGAGCUCCCCGAGCGUAUUCUGCACCGCGAUCUUUCCGAAUAUGCCCAACGACCUCGCACCGAUGGACCAUACGCUGAUAACUUGGACGUUGACGUCUUGAUCGUGGGUGCCGGAUUCGCCGGGACGUAUCUACUUUACCUGAUGCGCCAAACAGGCUUCAAGACUGUACUGUAUGAAGCCGGAGACAGUUUUGGAGGCACUUGGAAGUGGAAUUGUUAUCCAGGUGCUCGUGUGGACUCUGAAGUGCCCAUAUACCAACUUUCCAUACCCGAGGUGUAUAAGACCUGGACCUGGACGACCAACUACCCCGACUGGCGCGAACUCCAGGCAUACUUCGACCAUUGUGACAAGGUCUUGGGACUGAGCAAUGACUGUGCGUUUGGAAGCGUAGUGACUUCGGCCGAAUUUGACACAGACUCGGGAAAGUGGAACGUCAAGACUGCCGACGGCCGCAGUGCGAAAUGCAAUUAUCUCAUCAUCGGCGCCGGGUUCGCCGCGAAGAGAUACAUCCCGGACUACGCCAGCAUGGACAAGUUCAAGGGCGUGAUGCACCACUCGUCCUUUUGGCCACCCGAGGGCGUCGAUGCGCGCGGCAAGAAGGUCGCCGUCAUCGGUACCGGCGCGUCAGGCGUCCAGAUCAUCCAAGAGUGGGGUCCCGAAGUCGAGCACCUGACCGUCUUCCAACGUACGCCUAACCUAGCUCUCCCCAUGGGGAAACGGGACAUGUCUGCCGAAGAGCAGCGGGCUUUGUAUCCCGUAUACGACGAACUCCUGCGCAUGCGCGAGUCUACGUUUGCGGGGUUCACGUACGACUUUGCCGAGCGGACCACGUUCGAAGAUUCGCCCGAGGAGCGCGAGGCACUCUACGAGGCUCUGUGGGCCAAGGCAGGCUUCGGACUCUGGCUGGGCAGCCACAAGGACUACUUGUUCGACCUGAAGGCCAACCGGUGCGUGUACGACUUCUGGCGCAAGAAGCAAGCCGCGCGCAUCAAGAACCCCGAGAAGCGCGAAGUCCUGUGUCCCAGUGAGCCGCCACACCCGUUCGGCGUGAAGAGGCCGUGUCUCGAACAGAACUACUACGAGGUCCUGGACAGGGACAACGUGUCGAUCGUGGACAUUGGCGAGAAAUCAGGCAACACCAUCGCCGAGUUCACCGAGAAGGGUAUCAAGACGACCGAUGGCAAAGAAUACGAGUUCGACAUCAUCGCGCUGGCGACAGGCUUCGACAUCACCACGGGCGGCAUGACCAGUAUGGGUCUGAAGUCGAUCCACGGCACAACGUUGAAAGAUGAGUGGAAGAAGGCCGCGUACACGUAUCUCGGGACCACCAUUUCAGGAUAUCCCAACAUGUUUCAUCUAUGUGAGUCCCCUUUUGUCUUCCAUACGUGUCCCGCGAUCAUUCGCAUCAGUGCAUUCCAUCUUUCCAUCCCCGUGAAUCCCACGCUGUACGGAAAUGCUGACACGAUCUGUUCCUCUGCGCGAUUGACAGACGGCCCCCACGGCCCUACCCUGCUAAGCAACGGGCCGAGCAGCGUCGAAGUUCAGGCACGCUGGAUCCGCGACGCCAUCAAGCUCGCCGACAGACAGGGAUUCAAGUACAUCAACCCGACCGCCGAAGCGAGUCAGAAGUGGAAAGACAGAAUCAACGAACUGAGCAACAGGACGCUCCUCCCCACCACCAAGAGCACGUACAUGGGCGGCACCGUGCCCGGAAAGGCGUUUGAACAAGUCAACUACGCCGGCGGCAUUCCCGAGUACGUCAAGGAGAUCAGGGCAGUUUUGCCGGGGUUCGUUGGAUUCGAGACUGUCAAUGCCUAG